AUGUUUACUCUCACAGAGGUAGCCGCCCUGAAUGACAUCCAGCCAACUUAUCGGAUCCUGAAACCAUGGUGGGACGUCUUUAUGGACUACCUGGGUGUUGUCAUGCUGAUGCUGGCCAUAUUUUCUGGAACCAUGCAAUUAACCAAAGACCAGGUGGUUUGCCUUCCCGUCCUGGAACCAGCUCCAGAGGACCCCAGCAGCUUCACGACACCGCAGCCAGAGGAGGGGUCUGGUUCUGGGUCAGGGAACGGAGUAAGCAGGGUGACUCUAGCCGCCGCGCCCCUAAUGAUUAACGAUCUACCGGAUAGUGUUGUUCAUGAGAUCCACUUCACACAGUUUGGUGGUGUUGGACAGCAGCCUCCGCCAACAGGCGUCAGGACAAACCUGGACUUUCAGCAGUAUGUUUUUGUCAAUCAGAUGUGCUACCACGUUGCCCUGCCGUGGUACUCAAAAUACUUCCCAUACCUAGCUCUCAUACACACCAUCGUCCUUAUGGUCAGCAGUAACUUUUGGUUCAAAUAUCCAAAGACUAGUUCGAAAAUAGAGCAUUUUGUGGGCAUUCUGGGGAAGUGUUUUGAGUCUCCUUGGACGACCAAGGCAUUGUCCGAGACGGCAUGUGAGGACUCAGAGGAGAAUAAGCAAAGGCUCACUGGUGCCCAUUCCCUACCAAAACAUUUCUCAACCAGCAGUGAAGAGGGAAGUCCUAACCAGUCCACCCCGAUGCUGGCUAAAUCUGGGGUCAAGUUUACUGCUGAUAAGCCUGUUAUUGAAGUCCCAUGCAUGACCAUACUGGACAAGAAAGAUGGAGAGCAGGCCAAGGCCUUGUUUGAAAAGGUUAGGAAGUUCCGUGCCCACGUGGAAGACAGUGAUUUGAUCUACAAGCUCUAUGUUGCUCAAACUGUGAUCAAAACCGUGAAGUUCAUUUUGAUCUUGUGUUACACAAUGACAUUUGUUGCUUCAAUUGACUUUGACCAUGUGUGUGAGCCUGACAUAAAACAUUUAACCGGAUACUCUAAAUUCCAAUGCACACAUAACAUGGCAUUCAUGUUAAGGAAGCUGCUUGUCAGCUAUAUUUCCCUCGUCUGUAUAUAUGGCCUCAUCUGCAUAUACACUCUCUUCUGGCUGUUUCGACGACCUCUCAAGGAGUACUCUUUCGAGAAAGUCAGAGAGGAGAGUAGUUUCAGUGAUAUUCCUGACGUGAAGAACGACUUUGCGUUCCUCUUGCAUAUGGUCGAUCAGUAUGACCAGCUGUACUCAAAGCGUUUUGGCGUCUUCCUCUCUGAAGUCAGCGAGAAUAAACUGCGAGAGAUCAGCUUGAAUCACGAGUGGACCUUUGAGAAACUGAGACAGCACGUAACCCGUAACGCUCAGGACAAAUUGGAGCUCCAUCUCUUCAUGCUGUCAGGUCUGCCAGAUGCUGUCUUCGAUCUGACCGAUUUGGAGAUCCUAAAGCUAGAGCUGAUCCCAGAGGCCAGGAUAACAGCCAAGAUCUCCCAGAUGAUCAACCUUCAGGAGCUUCACUUUUAUCACUGUCCUGCCAAAGUUGAGCAGACCGCGUUCAGUUUCCUUCGCGACCACCUCCGGUGCCUUCAUGUCAAGUUUACAGACGUAGCUGAGAUCCCCACCUGGGUGUACCUGUUGAAAAGUCUGAGGGAGCUAUACUUGGUCGGGAAUCUGAAUUCUGAAAACAACAAGAUGAUUGGUUUAGAAUCUCUCAGAGACCUGAGACAUCUGAAGAUUCUGCAUCUAAAAAGCAACUUGACGAAGGUCCCAACCAACAUAACAGAUCUCUCUCCACACCUGAUCAAGCUGGUGGUACAUAAUGACGGUACUAAACUCCUGGUACUGAACAGUUUGAAAAAAAUGAUGAACCUGGCUGAACUGGAGCUUCACAAUUGUGAACUGGAGAGGAUUCCCCAUGCUAUUUUCAGUUUGACCAACCUGCAGGAGCUGGACCUGAAAUCCAACAACAUUCGCACCAUUGAGGAGGUCAUCAGCUUCCAGCACCUCAAUAGGCUGAUCUGCCUUAAACUGUGGCACAAUAAAAUCAUCACCAUUCCAUUGUCCAUAAGCCAUGUCAAAAACCUUGAGUCCCUCUACCUUUCGCACAACAAACUGGAAUCUCUGCCCGUACCUUUGUUUAACCUGCUGAAGCUGAGGUAUCUGGACGUUAGCCACAACUCCAUAGUGGUGAUCCCUCUGGAGAUCGGCUUCAUGCAGAACCUCCAGCACUUUGCCAUUACAGGAAACAAGGUGGAGGUGGUACCCAAGCAGCUGUUCAAGUGCACCAAAUUGAAGGCACUAUGUCUGGGACACAACUGUAUCUCUGUCCUUCCAGAGAAGAUUAGCAAUCUGGUGCAGCUAACAAACCUGGAGCUUAAGGGAAACUGUCUGGACCGCCUGCCAGCCCAGCUAGGCCAGUGUCAUCUCCUCCGCAGGAACUGCCUGGUGGUGGAGGACCACCUCUUUGACUCACUCCCCCUAGACGUCAAGGAGAGUAUAAAUCAGGAAGCCAACGUUCCCUUUGCUAAUGGGGUGUGA